AUGGCGACGGCCUCGGGCCAGGCGACGCAAGCGCGCUCCAUCGUGACAAUAGAUGGGUACGUGAGUCGCGGAAGGGCUCCACCCGAUUCUGUGCCUCGAGAUCACGCUAUGCUGCAAGAUUUCGCUGCGUAUCUGGAGCAGCGCCUCAAGUGUGUGAACAUGUUGAUGCUGCGUCGCAUCUUUGCCGAUUUCCUUAACGAACACGAGAACACGUUGGUCCCCAUGAUGCAACACGGCUGUACCAUCAUCACCAUGUACCCGGUGCUGAGCACCAGCUUCCAGAGACGUCGUGAAGCGGCACUUCUCCUUGCCAAACCAAAGCAUCAUCUGGACACUCGUGGGUGCGUCUUCCUGUAUCUACAGCAGCGCGCAGCCACACGGAACAUGGCGCUACUUAAGAAUUUAUUUCUUGAGUUCGUGUACAAACGGGAGACGUCGCUAAUGGCGUUCGUGGAGAGAGGGUGCCAAGUGAUCAGUGUCAUCCCCUUUGAACUGCCGCAGAUGACGCAGCUGCCACCGCCUCCAGCACCUCAAGAAUAUCCUUGCGUCGUGGAGAAUGCAACUGAGCGGCCGCAAGCUGCGUCGGAGUCUGUGGCGAAGACGAACACAAAGAAACGGAAGCGCAAGACGGUGCAAAAGCCGUCGACAGCAGUAGCUUCGACGCCCGUCGUUGCAGAUGAAGUAGCUCCCUUGGUCACCCAGAAGAAGACGAAAGGGAAACAGAAACAAGCUGGGAGUCGGGUGCAGCAGACACCAUCCGACACUCGUGCUGGAGCGGAGGUUUCGACCAAGCGUAGACGCACAACCAGCAAGAAUGCUAGUGUGGCACCAGCCUCUAGUCCUGUUAAACUGGCCCCAAAGCGCGCUAGACAGACAAAGGAAACUACGAAGUCACUGCAGCAAACAGCCUCUGUUGCUGCAACGGAACGUGACUCUGUUGGGACAGAGGCCUCUGCACUUUCUACUAUCUCGAAACCAAAGCGCGGCAAAAAGAUGAAGACUAGAACUACGUCGUCGAAGGAUGCUACGUCUACAGCUGUACCGGAAUCGGAGGCAGCCUCUGUACCACAACUGGUGGAAUCUGUCGUGAAAGACGCUCUAACGACCGGUGCUAAGUCGCCCUCGAAGCAUGUGAGAAUGACAAGGGCUAGCACAGCAGUGGGACAGGCUGCAGCCGCAGUCGAAUCAACCACGACGGAAGCUGCCCCAGCCACAAAGAGAGUGAGAAAGCCAAAGUCUACUGAGAUGUCAUUUCAAGAUGCAGAGUCGGUAGCUGCAGCGCCACCUGCGGAGCCCGCUUCAAUGGAGAUUUCGAAGGCUACCCGGAAGCGUGGCCGACCAUCCAAGAUAAGUACUGUGUCACCACAGGAUACAACACCUGUAGACCCAGUCGACCCUGUUGUUACAGAGCCUGGUAAGUCAACUCCGAAGCGUGUGAGAAAGCCAAGGACUGGCACUGCGUCACCACGAAAAGAUGCUACCUCUGUGGCUGCAACGGCAGCGUUGGAGUCUGUCGUGACACAAGUUGUGUUACUUAAAUCGCCUCCAAAGCGUCGAGACAAGUCAAAGGUUACAAAGGUGUCCGCCUCAAAGACGAACAUUGCAAAAGCAACUCAGAAACGUGGCCGAAAACCGAAAUCUAUCGCUGCGUCACUACAAGAUACAGCCGCUGCCACAACGGAAAUGGGAGAUGCAGUUUCAGUGUCUGCAACCGAACCAAUCGAGCCUCCGAAUACAACUUCAGUCACCGCCGUAGCCACGCCGGAAGUGGUGAACGCUGUCGUGACAGACGCUCAACCUGCUGCUAUGUCGACUCCAAAGCGUAGUAAGGAGUCAAAGACACAGACUGCAGUCGCUACAACCACGUCGGACACUGUAAAGCCUACCGUGAAACGGGGUAGAACGCCGAAGAAUAGUACUACGCUACUGCAAGAUGUCGUAGCCACGACUGCAAUGACGGAAGCAGUCACGAUAGACGCCCCGCCGCCCACUACAAAACCAACUCCAAAGCGCAGGAAGAGGCCACCAACGCGCACUUUACCACAGCAAGAAGAAGCUACAACAACCAUCACGGAAGUGGUCCAGUCUGUCCUAAACGACCUUGUAUCUCGGGUUUCCGGUGAGUUCUCGCUCCCCACACGACGUCGGAAACGCAAGAUCGACGUAGAAAAAAUAAUAUCUAGUGAAGGAUCCAAAGAAAAGUCACGAAAGCGACUCAAGUCAGCCAAUGACAAACCAGCAAAGCGAGGGAAACCAGUCAUGAGUGAAGAAAUGUGUCGCAGUCAGCGGGAAUUGGCACGCAAGAUGGAGAACUUCGAGGCCCAAACACCGUGGCAAGCAGCCUACAGCAACGUGUCGCCUCCAUUUGACGAGGAAAAACACCCUGCACUUGCCAAAACGCUCCGCACUUUUUGGCUCAGACACUCGCGCGCUGUGUGGGGGCGCAACUUCUGGGGCCCCAUGUCUCGCAAGCUCAAUCCCGCCGAGUUCAACAAACGCAACAAUCGUCAGCUCAGAGCCAAGACGGCGUUCGAGUCGCUCAUUGUUUCUGCGCACGAGGAGCUUGGAGCGGCGUUUUUCGUCUCGUUGGACUCGCAGAAGCCACGACAUCCUGGCUGGUGGUAUCGUGGCCCCAUGGUGGCUCUGUUCGCGCUGCAACAGAUCAAGGGCGAGGAGGCAGUGUGGAGCUACGUCAUGAACGAAGCUCGUCACCGCUUCCCAGACUGCAACCUGCCUCUGCCUCUGGCAGCUUCGAAUUCUGGCGCAAUGCGGGUCCGCCACAAGCGGGAGAGUGCGUCUAUGUGGGUUGGCAACCACCAGCAAACAGCCGGAAUUCUGGAAGAGAUGGCUGCACUUCUUAACGCACAGAGGGAAGUGGGUGAAGCGACAAUGGAAGCUGGUAGUGCGGCAAUGGGUUCGGUCGUCGUGUAG